AUGAAGGCGUCCUGGAGGUCCUUGCCCAUGGGCGCGGCGCCGGACAUGACCAUGCGGAUGGAGGCGAGAUCGCCGGCGGUCACCUGGGGGCUCUUGGCGAUCUCCACCACGAUGGGCGGCACGAAGGGCGCGAUGGUGAUGCCGUGCGCGCGCACCAGCUCCACCAGCGCGCCGAUGUCGAACUUGCGCAUGAUCACCAUCGCCGACCCGGCCCGCAGCCCCGCCAGCAGCACCGAGUUGAGCGAGUAG